AUGAACGUCAAACUCGAAAACGAUUACUCCAACCACUAUAUCCAUAGUGGGAUAGUCCCUAACACCUACAUCAGUAACAUUGAUAACCCACUUGAAGGAUAUCCAAAGUUACAGAAAUUGAAGGAGUUGAAACAGAAACAAAUUGAAAAGCACCAAAUACCUCCUUUUGGAUGUAAAGUGAAGCCCAAGGAUAUGCCUGCGGUUAUAACAAACUGGUGUACCGAAAAGAACUUACAGUUCGAUGUGGUAAUGAUUGGGGCCUUAAGUACGGAAUCGGUUUUACCAGUAUUGAAUCAAUUGCCAUUAGCGAAGUUGUGUGCUAAACCGGGCUUUUUGUUUAUUUGGACCACCGAGAAACACAUUCUCGAGUUGAGUGUCUUCUUGAAUACGAAACUCAACAAGAAGUUUAGAAGAUCGGAGGAGCUCAUUUUCAUUCCUGUUAAUAAGAAUUCCAAUGUGUUCCCGGAGCAGACUUCAGAUGCAGUAUUUCAAAAUCAGCAAUGGCACUGUUGGAUGUGUAUUACUGGAACGGUUCGAAGAUCCAGUGAUCUGCACUUGAUACAUUGUAAUGUGGAUACCGAUUUACAGUUUGAAACAUCAAAUAGCCCUGUUACUAGCCAUAUCCCUGAUACCAUUUACAAAGUAGCUGAGAAUUUCUCCAACUCCAAUAGGAGACUACACAUCAUUCCAUACUCGAUGGGCUACAAUCUCUUCGUUAGAAGCAGACCUGGGUGGGUGAUCAUGAGUCCCGAUGUACUUCUUGACAACUUUGAUCCAAUAAAGUACGAGUCUAGUUUAUACUCCAAAUCAUUGAUAAACAACAAAGGUAACCACGUCCAGUACUUGGUGAGUCAGACUCAAGAGAUUGAAGAGUUGAGGCCUAAAAGUCCUAAUAAUUCAAAUAGAUGA